GUCUUUCAAAUAAUGGUCCGCCUUUUACAAGAAUUGUUAACUUGAGAAAUGAAACAGAAACUCACAACUGUAAACGCUUUCAUUGCAAGCUGUUCGAGUAAUUCGCAAUGGCAAGUGAAAAGGAGAAAAUAUUCAAGCUUUUAGAAAAAAACAACCUACAAAUGUUUUAUAACAACUUCCUUCAACUUGGGAUUGAGGUUGCGCAGGAUUUCAUUGAUGGUGUAACUGAUGAAGACCUGAAAGACAUGAAUUUCACCAAGGUUCAGAAGAACAAAUUUGGAAAUAUGAAAGAUGAUAUUCAGAGACUUGGUGCAUGUCCACUCCCGACAGGAUUACCAACAAAAUCUUUAGAGGCCUAUUGCCUAUAUUACAAAUUUCCAAAAUGUCAAGAGCGCAAACAAAUAUUUGAUAUGGACCCAUCCCAAAACACAGUGGAUGAUCUUAUUUUAAGGAUUAGUGUUUGUGAAAACAUUAGUGGACAAAUGACUGUGUGCCUCUUCACUGCUGAUGGAAUGCCAUUAACAGAUGAUCCAUUUUUCAAUACAUGGUCCCUAAAAGAAAGACACAUUGAAAAUGGGAGUGAAUUAUAUGCCAUAUUUACGCCAAAGGAAAACAUAAAACAGUCUCCCAGCCACCCCAACCCAAACAACUACAGAAAUGAAGGCCCAGAAACUGUCUACUGUCACGUGAUGCUUAGAGGCAGGUAUGAAAUACAUGUGGACCUGGAAAAUGACACAUUGAUCCAGCUGAAACAACGCCUUUCACUUGAAAGUGGAAUACCAUCACAUGUGCUUCACCUCUUAGACUAUGAAUGGAACAGCGGUGAAACACUAUAUAACCUUGGGAUUAAUGAAGAAACAGUACUGCAUUUCUCUUUGUCUUCAUUUCAUGAGGAUGCACCAGAUAACACAGAAUUCUGCCAUAGCGACAUCACACCAUCAGUGAAACAAACAGACAAAGGCCUCAGCAUAUUUUUCUCAGCUCUAUAUGCCAUUAUAAAUAUAAAUCGUGGACAUGGCUACAAGAAAGUGAUUGCUUACAUUCGAAAAAUAAGUGAAUGCAAUGCCUUAGCCCAGAGCUUGUUUCAGACUAUCUGCCAAAACACAACUGGUACAAGGGUUCAAAAGAUCGCCAUUGUUGAAGGACUUUACUUUCUCUUCAGGGAACUGUUACCCAGCAAUGCAAGAAGAUCUGAUGGCAGGAUCAUUGAUGACAUUGAUGUAUUUGAGCAUGCACCAGUUUGCUGGGCUUACCUAAUGUCACAAGCAGAGACUGAAAGCAUAGCAUAUGAAACCUACGGUCCAGUUAACAUGAAGGCGCAGUCUACAAAUCAGAGGUUUUCUGAGCCAGUGCGUGUACCGGGGUUACCUGAGGUUUUUGACAGGUCAUAUGUGCUGAGUAAAAUUAAAGAGGAUGAAAAAAUUCCAAACUGCAGUGAAAUGAACCUUAAAGAGACAUCAAUAAAACGAGCCACUGAUGUUGAGAAGAUUUUGCUCAGUCUCCCUCCAUUUAUUGAAAUCUUCCAUCUUUGGACUGGUAGUAAUGUUACUACAUCUCAUUCCAGCUUUAACAUCAAUCCGGAGAAAACAUUUGCACAAAUGAAUGAACAGCUGGCAAAGUAUUCUUACUUAAUUGUGACUCCACCACUACAACUAAAAGCUGUUGGAAUUGAGGGACCACGUCUAGUCCUGCUCAAUGAUCAAAAACUGGGUGUGUACAUCUUCAAAGACAAAAUGACUCCUCAAAGUAUGGUUGCUUUUGAUUCUAUUACUGGAAAAACCACAAGAGUGAACUUAGAUGAACUAGCUCAUGAAUUGAGAGAUGUCACAGAGGACCUAACAUUCAAAGUCACUAAGCCACCAAAAGAGGCUAUAGUGGUGCUCUUUGAUUCAAGUUCUUCCAUGGGCGAGGAAUGUUUUGACAAAGACUGUGCAAUGAAACGAAUUGAUGCCAUCAAAGAAAUAUUCGGCAGCUUUGCAAACCGAUGCAUGGCAUAUAAUUUUGAGCAAGUAAUCGCCCUUGUGAAAUUUGACUCUGGAGUAAAAACUCUUCAUACAUUUACUGAAACAGUGGAAACCUUUAAGGAGUAUGUACGUGAACUUCAACCAUCUGGAAGAACUUUAUUGUAUGAUGCAUUAAAUCAUGGACUUCAAGAACUUAACCAAGUCAAAAAAAGAUUUCCAGAUUGCAAAGGUCGUAUCCUAUGCUUGACAGAUGGCAAUGAUUUUGGAUCAAAAUCUGAUCCAGUUCAUGUAGCAACCCAGUUGAUGACCUCAAAAACUGUUGUUGAUGCUGUGCUACUUGGUAAGGUGGAGAAUACUGUACUGCAUGGGAUAAGCAAAGUGACAGGUGGUUGCUGUUUUAAGCCUGAAACAAGCAAAGCAGCCUUGCAGCUCUUCGAGAUGGAAACAGUUUUGUCAAUGGAACUAAGGAAGGAAAAGAAACACUCUGACAUAUCCUCAAUAACAAAAUUGGAGGACCUUAAAAAUAUUUUUAUUACCUGUGGAUAUGAUGUUAAACCAGAGGUGAAACUGCCCCCGCAGAUAAACGACAAAGUGACAGUAACACAGAAUGCUUUGAAGAAGAAAAUUAUGGAAUCCAAGACAAGGCGCUUUUUGGAGAAGGACAAAAGAAUUUUGGAAGAACUCAAGAGCCUUCACUUAGAGCCUCAUCCUUUUUGCACAGUGCUACCUUCAGAAACAGAUUUCACCUUUUGGAAAAUUCUCAUGGAAGGUCCUCAUGAUACCCCAUAUGAAAAUGGAACAUUUGAGCUGUAUUGUUCGUUUGGUCCUGACUAUCCUGUGAAACCACCUGCUAUGAGAUUCUUAACCCCUGUUUACCAUUGUAAUGUGAACAGUGAGGGAAGAAUCUGUCACAACAUAUUUGACCGAAAUUAUUCGGCCCACAUUACCAUGAGAGAGAUCCUAGACGCCAUAUUUGGGCUACUGAUUGCCCCUGAACCAGAGGAUCCUCUAGACAGAAAUUCAAGUUGCUGGCUCCGGAGACAGACCCUUGUCCAACACCAGUACCUCAAUAUUCUGAACUAAUAUUUCUGUAACUCACCCUUUAAAACCCCUCCUCGACACAUCCCUCGUUCCAUCCUUCAAGCAGUUUCCCCUAGAACCCUCCAAUCCUACUUGACCGCUUGGAGAUGCUUUAAAGCAUUCCAUCUCUCCAACACGAUACCAUUUCCUGAUUUUUCCCUCCUCUCCAUAUCCUCAGUAAUUUCUUAUCUCAAUCACGUCAAAGGUCUCCAAGCUGGAUCUAUUAAAGGCUAAAUGAGUGGCUUCCAAUUUUUUCAUAAACUUAUUUUUGGUUCCCCAUCCCCACGAAAUAAAUAUUCUCAAAACUCUCUUCUCAUGAAAUUAAUCCAAUGAUCCCAACCAACCUGCCCCAACUCCAGAUAUCCAAUAACACUAGAUAUUGAACUCCCAUCGGAUGCCGCGAAAGCUCUCCUGAUCGAGCACCCUCACUUUUCUUUCACCCAACAAUGCUUUACCAUCCGUCGCCACGAGUAUUGAACUCCCAUCGGGCACCACUAAAGCCCUCCUGGUCGAGCACCCUCACUUUUCUCCCACCCAACAAGGCUUUUCUGUCCGAUGCUGUGAGUAUUGAACUACCGUUGGACACUGUGAGAAACCUCCCAACUCUACUCUAACACCACACUGCCCCCCCCAAACCUUCGUUCGUUCAGUAGAGAUCACUUUCCAACACUGCGAGUUACUCCUGAAGUGUCAUGAGCCCCCCUGAUCAAACAAAAAUUCCUGGCCAGUAGGGUCCAUCCACUGCGCUGUGGAUGCUCCUGUUGAAGAUCGCACGGGCCCUCCCGAUCAGGAUCAGGCUUAUUUCCAACACUAUCCUGCCAAAUCCUAGUGCCAUUUGGGGGGUCAAUCAUUAGCCUUUUGUCACACUAUGGGAUUCAAUGGUGACCCAAAAACAGCUUUGUUACUUUCAUUAAACAAUCUUCUUUUGUGUUAAGCACAACAAAGUAAUGUAAACAAGUUUGUAACAACUGGAGGGUGAGCAAAUUAUGACAAUUUUUGGUUAACUAUUCCUUUAGCCUUAUUUAUGACAUGCUGGAGUAGGCUGAUCAGAGUGUUGUGACAUUGCAUUAAGUUGCAGAAAUCAUGCCAUAACAAAUGCAAGCUGUAAUUAAGCCAAAUGUUUAGCGCAAUGUUUAAAUGUCCAAAUUUUUUGGACAGGUAGUGUAUAUUAUCUAAAUGCAAUUUUAGUGAAAAUCAUUUAUACUAAUUCUAAAAAAACACUAACACUAA